GUUUGACGCACACGGCACCAAACUGCUUGAUUUAAUUUUGGAUGAAAUUAUUCUUGCAUCGAGAUGUUAAUAAGCCAAAAUUUAGCUUUAGAUUGUAAGCAAAAGAAAUCAAGGUCAAGAUCUGGAAGCAAGAAGAAAAUGCUAACAUUACCUCAUGGUGCUGACGAGGUUUACAUUCUCCGAUGCAGGUUUUGUGGCCUAGUCUUUCGGGGACCACUGUCUGUUCAGGAAGACUGGAUUAAGCAUUUACAACGACACAUUGUGAACGCUAAUCUCCCACGGACUGGAGCCGGAAUGGUGGAAGUCACGUCACUACUUAAAAAGCCUGCCUCGAUUACAGAAACUUCAUUUUCUUUACUAAUGGCAGAAGCAGCUUCAUAGAACCAGGAAUCCUUUUAAAGAGCAAAUUUAAUUGGAUGUAAAUUUAAAAUUCUUUGUCUUUUUUUUUCUUUUUUUUUUUUGUAAGCUACAUCCAUUUAUAAAUACUAAAGUAGGAAAAAUGGGGGAAUGUGAAUUACAUCAGAGCAAACUGAAUACUUAAGACAGUAAGUAGUCUAUAUUUUAUAUAGGGUGGAAAUGUGUUCUUAAGGUUUACUGAAUUUUGUUGGCUGAGUUUACUCAAUUAAAGGUCUUACAUCUGAGAGCCAUUUGUAAAAUGUUGCACAUGAAUUUACAGACAGACUUACUGAAAGAUUAUGUUUUCUGCAGUGUUAUCAGAAUCAAGACUCUGUUUCUUCCCCACACUUACAUAGAAAACUAAGAUAUUAUAUUUUGUUGGUAUGUAUUUAGUGUUUUGUAUAAUACCAGGAACUGCUAACUAAAUUCACUCAACUUAGGGCAUUAAAUAUCAUGUACUUCAUAGUUUGAGACUGUUCACCCAAAUAGGGCAGAGUACUAUCUAUCUAGUAGAUGUGUAAGUGUUUUUUUAAAUCACAUGGAACGGUUUUUUUUUAUACUAAAAAGUCGGAGGGAGAUUUGUUUAAACAAGUAUUUCUAAGAGAAAUAUGUACAUAGUCCUGGAAAUUAUUUGUGGUAAGGAAGUGUUCUUUACCCCAGUUGCAUUUCUCAGACAAUGAAGUGGUGCAUCCAUGCUACCUCCUACUUUGUCAACAAAGAUGCUAUUUACCCUUUCCAUUUUUGUAUCAUAAUAGAUUUUAAAAAUCUAAUGUUCUUUAUUGCAAGACAUACUUUUGUUAACAGAUUUGUUUCUUUGUAACGUUUUACGUACAGUUUGACAUGCUUACAGGACAGGGUUGUCUUUAUUUAACAUUGUAGAAAUGUAAUUAAUAAACCAGGCUCACUACACGAUUUAGAUAGGCUUUCUCAUUUAUAUUCACUUCCAAAUUUGAUCAGUUAGCAAAACUAUUAAUACACAAAAUAUUUCUACAUAUGAUGAGAAUGUUUACAAUUUCAAUCUUAGAGCUUGUUUUGGAUGUGAUUAUAUGUAUGAAAAUUGUGUAACACUAUGCUCAUGCUAAGGACCGACAUAAUGGAAUUACUGAAAUAAAUGUGCUGUGAGGAAUGGAAA